UAUAAAGCCAGCUGCACGCUACUACCAGGAAAAACCCAGACAUUUCAUUAUUUUUGAAGUAACACAAUUUUAUUGAAAACGAUCUUGGAUCUUUUGGAUUUUGAACAUUAUCAUUCCACUGUCAAAAUGGACUCGAUGAAUAUGCAGAGAAAAAUGAAUGCCGAUGAGCCGGAAUUCUUGUACAAGAAGAAAACCACAUCAAUCGAACCGGUCCGGCGUAUGGAGCAGGAGCAGGGUUUCCAGCGGGAAGAGCGCUCCGACAUGCACGGACGCUCUAGUCCCACCGAGACAUACGUUCGCGAGGAAGCGUCGCCGGCAGACUGGCGCAACGGUACUCAGUUCGGCAGCCAAUACGAGGACAUUUUUCCGCGCGACAACCUCGACGCCCGUGCCGACCGGCUACUCAUGAACCAGAGAGACAACCAGAAAAUUCAGGAAGAAGAGCGCUACACAUCGCACCCCGUCGCCACCGAAUGGCAGCAGCCGCUCGCCACGCCGACUGUGGUCACACCGCUCUUGCAGCAGGAAGCGGUGGAGCAGCGCACCGACAUCACGCAACUACCGCCCCAGAUGGCUGAAUUCGAGAUGAACAAGCGCCGGCAACAGGAGCAGGAUUAUCCGGAUGUUGGGGAAGACAGGCGCGGUGCGGACCAGGCGCUGCAGUCCGCGACAGAAUCCUGCCAGGAAACUCAGCCCAUCCGCUUGCGCCCGCUGUUUCACGUAAUACGUGACCUUUGCCUCUGGCGCCGCGUCCUGGACUCGGCGGUGGUGUUCAGCGCGGGGUUGGGCUUGAUGGCCGCCCUGUCCUACUUCAGCCUGAUCAGUAUCUUUGCCUAUUUAUCCCUGGGCACCCUCAUCAUCAGCGGGGCUAGCGUUAUCGGCCGGCAGAUUUUGUAUACGCUGCAACAGCGUCCCGGCGUCGCGCAUCCCUUCCAGCGUAUCAUGCAACGCGACACCGUACUGGAUGCGGAAUAUGUACACGAGCAGAUGGACGCCGUGCUGCAGCCGCUGAACCGGAAGUUGGUGGCCCUGCGCAACCUGUAUUUGGUGGACAGUGUGGGGCAGACGCUGAAGAUGAUACUGUUUAUGUACGCCCUGACCUAUGUCGGCCACUACUUCACCCUGACGAGUCUGCUAAUGGUGGGCUGGGUGCUGGCGUUCACCCUGCCCAAACUGUACAUGAUGUUCCGGCCGCAGUUGGACCGAAUGUGGAAUAGUGCCCGCCGACUGCAGAUGGGCAUUGGCGAGAAGUUCCAACAGCAGAAACAACGCGCACAACAGCGCCGCGAUGACAUGCAGUCCGUUGAUAAGAAGGUCACCUUCGAGAAGACUGAGAAGACCGAGAAAAUCCAGUAACCUGAACAGUGCAUAUUAUGAUAUGCGCUCUACUUUAUUUUUUUUAUUAUUUUGAACACGAUAUUUCUUUAAUGAUCUUAAUAUCAUGGGAAUCAAUUAAGUGGCGGAAGCUGCGCUUUCCUCGUUGUUGGUUUUACAACAGCCGUGCCUUCCGCUUAUUUUGCAUAUCACGGUUAAUUAUUUUUAAUAGCUGAUGGCAGACUUCAUGCAUAAUACACGCAAAUCUAAGUUUCAUUCCAUAUUAAACGCAAAACUGUUUUGGUUAACGUACCACAUAAACCGUGAUGCACCUUUGUC